UCGCUCUUGCUCUGGUCUUCUUCGUCCCGUGUGAUCCAGUUCAUUUCAAAUCUCCCAACAAAGCAAAUGAUUUGUCUGUGUACUUCAAAUAUUAGAGGAGACUGAAGGCUUUCACUAGAACGUCAUCCAACUCCAGACCAAAAUUAGAACAUCCCAGAGUUGUAAGGAGGAAGAUAGCAACACUAAAAUCUGGACUAAAACCGCAGAGAUGUGCUCAAGUCUAAAGAAUAACACCAGUGUAGAAGAAGAACAUUUUAAAUAUCAAAUUAUGCAGAGGCAACCUUAAAGCUGCAUUAGGUAACUUUUAUAAAAAUAACUUCUGGUCUAAAUUCCACAAGUAUUGUCAAAACAGGUCUGACUUGCAGGGGGACAGAAAAACUCCAGCAGGAAACGGGAUCAAAUUUCUUCAGUUGUUCAUGUGGACACACCCACUGUGUGUGUCUAAGGGCAAGAGAAAGCAGAAGUGGAAGCACUGCUGCUACACACUCACAGUCUGUCAGUGCUCAGGAACAGAGCAGCAGUGUGUUCCUGCUCUCACCUCGCCUGGGAUCCUCACGCAUCCUCACAGCCUAACAGCAGCAGACAUGGUGCUCCACCACAAAGAGUUCAUCAAAGCUGGGAAGACAGCGGGCCUGCAGAUUUGGAGGAUUGAGAAUCUGGAGCUGGUCCCUGUGCCAGAGAUCCUGCAUGGGAGCUUUUACACUGGAGAUGCAUAUGUGAUCCUCCACACUAUCCAGCAGAAGAAGAGUUUUUUCUACCACCUGCACUACUGGCUGGGAAAGGAGUGCAGUCAGGAUGAGAGUACUGCUGCGGCCAUCUUUACUGUGCAGCUGGAUGACUACCUCGGUGGAAAGCCGGUCCAGUAUAGAGAACUACAGGGAGUCGAGUCAACAGCCUUCACCAGCUACUUCAAGGGAGGGAUCACUUACAAAACAGGAGGCGUGGCCUCGGGUUUCCACCAUGUGGUCACCAAUGACCUUUCAGCACAGAGACUCUUCCACAUCAAGGGCCGGCGGGUCGUCAGGGCCACAGAGGUCCCUCUCAGCUGGUCCAGCUUCAACAGUGGAGACUGCUUCAUCGUCGACCUCGGCGAUAAGAUCUAUCAGUGGUGUGGAUCCAAGUGUAACAAGUUUGAGCGACUGAAGGCAGCACAAGUGGCCAGAGGAAUCCGUGACAACGAGAGAAGCACUCGCGCUGAACUGGUGGUUGUAGAAGAAGGAAGUGAACCUUCCGAGUUAACUGAUGUCCUUGGAGUGAUGCCAAAGCUGUCAGAGGGAGAUGAUGAUGAUGAUAUAGUAGCAGACAUAUCUAACAGGAAAAUGGCUAAACUAUACAUGGUAUCUGAUGCGUCAGGGUCCAUGAAAGUGACUGUUGUGAAGGAGGAAAACCCAUUCCUCCAGAGUGACCUGCUCUCAGACGAGUGCUUCAUCCUGGAUCAUGGCAAAAACAAGAUGAUAUUUGUAUGGAAAGGGCAAAAAGCCAACCCCAGUGAAAGAAAGGAAGCCAUGAAAACAGCUGAGGGAUUCAUCAAACAGAUGGGCUACCCAGCAAACACACAGAUCCAGGUGUUGCCAGAGGGAGGAGAGACUCCCAUGUUCAAGCAGUUCUUCGUUGGCUGGAAGGACAAAGACCAGAGCGAGGGUUUAGGGAAGGUGUUUGUCACUGAGAGGAUUGCGAGGAUCCAGCAGGUGGAGUUUGAUGCCUCCAAGCUCCAUGAGUCCCAACACAUGGCAGCCCAGUACAACAUGGUGGAUGAUGGGAGUGGAGACACACAGAUCUGGAGGGUGGAGAGCAUCGGCAGAGUUCCUGUUGACCCAAAGACCUACGGGCAGUUUUAUGGUGGGGACUGUUAUAUCAUCCUGUACACUUACGGGACAAGACACAUCAUCUACACCUGGCAAGGGGCCAGCUGCUCUGUGGAUGAGCUGACAGCCUCGGCCUUCCUGACUGUUCAACUGGAUCGUUCGCUUCAAGGGAAUGCAGUUCAGGUGCGAGUGUGCCAGGGUAAAGAACCCCCACAUCUACUGAGUCUCUUUAAAUCCAAACCCCUCAUUGUAUAUAAGAGUGGUACUUCCCGCCGUGGAGUACAAGCCCCCACGCCUCCAACCCGACUGUUUCAGGUGCGACGGAACCUGGGGACCAUCACCAGAAUAGCAGAGGUUGACGCCAGUGCAGCCAGUCUAAACUCUAAUGACGCCUUCCUGCUGAAGAUGGCUGAUGGGCGGGGCUAUCUGUGGAUGGGCAGAGGGGCCAGUAAAGAAGAGGAAAAGGGAGCUGAGUACAUAAGUAAAGAGCUGAACUGCAGCAGCAAACACAUCAUGGAAGGAAAUGAACCAGCUGACUUCUGGGCAGGAUUAGGGGGGAAGAAAGAGUACCAGACCUCAGAUGGACUGGAGAGUGAGACGGCGACUCACCCUGUUCGUCUGUUUGGAUGUUCCAAUAAGACUGGCAGGUUCAUAAUUGAGGAGGUUCCAGGAGAGUUCACACAGGCUGACCUGGCUGAAGACGAUGUGAUGCUGCUGGAUGUGUGGGAUCAGGUGUUUGUCUGGAUUGGAAAGGAUGCCAACGAGGUGGAGAGGACUGAAUCUGUCAAAUCUGCCAAACAGUACAUAGAGACCGACCCGAGCGGCCGGGACAAGCAGACUCCUGUGGUGAUCGUGAAACAAAGACAUGAACCCCCGACCUUCACAGGCUGGUUCCUGGCCUGGGACCCCUCAUACUGGGAUUGAAGAAGCACGAAGUCAAUGCAUAUUUAGAUUAUAUAGAUAUAUAUCAUGAAAAAUUUAUAAAUUUAAUGUCCUUGAUUGUGAUUCCAUUGAGCAUUGAAUAGAAAUGUCUAAAGGUGGCAUUAUAAAUCAAUAUAUAAUAGUAUUAUUUACAAAUCUUCAGAAAUCUUUCCAAAUACAUGUAUUUUUCUUUUUAACUAAAGCCUAACACUUAAAACACAUAAAUGAAUGUGUUAAAUUUGACAGCAAACUGGGGUGGCGCUCUAGAUCCACCCCUAAGUUUGGGAACCACUGGUCUUUGUUUAGCUGUCAGAUAUAUUGUAGCUCCUUUUGGCAAUGUUCUUGUAAACCUCUUUUAUUUAUCAGUUGUUUGUAUCCAAAAAUAAUUAAAGAUUGAUGCGGAUUUUCUCAGGAAGACGGGGGAAA